AUGCAUUCUUCGGCGCAACAACAAAAACCAUCGAAUAAUUCUUAUGGUCUUCCAAAGAAAGCGUAUCAUAAGUCGCCAAAAACGAAUGUUCAUCCAAAAAAGUCCAAUGGUCAUCACCACCACCACCAAUAUUUGUCAACUGAUAUUACCACUUUGGACAUGUUUGGAACUGCUGGAAAUCAGCAAAAGAAACCAAUAACUACAAUUGGCGGAGGAUUAAAAAGAUCGCAAUUUUCCAAUUCCACUGCGCAUUAUGUUGGACAGGUAAAUUCAUAAAUAUUUAGAAAAUCUCAAAAAUGAUUUUGGUUCUACGGGGAAGUCACUUUGAUAAUUAUAAUAAAUAGAACACAUUUUCCAGCAGAACUUCGGUCUUCAAAAUUACUAUCCAUCGCCGAAUGCUUUCUAUUCAUCUUCAAAUUUCGAAGAUCUUCUUCCGACUGAAUUACCAUCUUUGAUGAGUGUUUCACCAUACAAAAACGAUGUUUUUGAUAUGCAUCAGUUUUCUGGUAAUCGAUAGACGAAAAUGUUUCGAAAACUAAUCUGAUAUUUUUAGAAGAACUUCCAACUUCGCGACUUUUUGGAGCAGGUGAUAUGUCACAUCAUUAUCAAAAAUCAUCAAAUUUUUCUGACGUUCCAAAAAUGGUUAUGACUAGAAAUGGAAACAAUUCUGGAUUAUCAAAUGGUGCUCGGAAGAAUCGGAUGGUUGAAUUUCGAACAAUUGAUGAUGGAAAUGCAUGCCAUAAAGUUGUUGUUGUUAGUGAUCCACAAACAACAAGUAAUUCGACAAAUCGAUCAACAGUUAUGCCAAUUGUUAAUCAUCGAAUGACUGCAACAAUCAAACAUCAUCCAUUUUCACCCGAACCGCUUUAUUCUAGAAAAGUAUUUAUUGGUGGAUUGCCAAUUGAUGUGAUUGAAGAAGAAGUUUGGACUACUUUUGGUGCUUUCGGAAAAGUAUUAGUUGAUUGGCCAAGACGUCCAGAACAUGGAAGAGGAGAAUUUUUGGAUUGUGAUGGAUCAUCAAGAAGAAAUUGUAUGUUUUUCUUCUUCAAUUGAAGUUUUUUAAAUCAUGGAUUUUCAGCUCGUUCUGUUUCUGGUUACGUUUUUCUUGUUUUCCACAAUGAAAAAUCGGUCCAACAACUUGUCAACAGUUGCGAGAUUUAUGAAAAUAAAUAUUAUCUCGAAUUGUCAUCGCCAACAAUGAAUGACAAAGCUGUUCAAGUUCGUGCUUGGCGUCUUUCGGACAUUGAUUAUUUUGCUGAUGACAGUGCUCCAAUCGAUCAUCGUCGUACUGUUUUCAUUGGCGGAGUUCCUCGUCCAACACGUGCUUGUGAUUUGGCAAGAUGUCUCGAAUCUUUGUAUGGACCGGUUUCAUAUGUCGGAAUUGAUAUUGAUCCAGAAUUGAAAUAUCCAAAAGGAGCAGCUCGUGUCACUUUUGCCACUGCGAAAUCGUUUGUAGCUGCAAUUUCUGGACGUUUUGUUCAAGUUGUUCAUUCGGAUACUAACAAAAGGGUAUGUUUCUUCAAAUUUUGACGCAGUUUUCACAUUCAAACCUCCAACUGCUAUAUUCUCCAUAAUUAGUGAAAUUAAUUGUAGGUCGAAAUAAAACCAUAUGUAAUGGAAGAUCAAAUCUGCGACGAAUGCGAAGGCAAAUUGUGCAAAUUCAAUUAUGCUCCAUAUUUUUGCGGUGAUCCAUCAUGCCUUCAAUAUUAUUGCGAAGCUUGUUGGGAUCGUAAUCAUUAUGAAGUUUCGGAUACCAAACAUUCGCAUCGUCCAAUGGUUCGAACAGGAGAUCAAACACGUGUUCUUCUCCGUCCACCACACCAUCCACACAAUUCGCCAUAUUCUCGCACAAAUCUUCAAUCAACUCUCAAUCAAUCUGUCCCUCAAAACGAAUCUGUGAUUUCAAGAAUUGUGAAUGCAUCCAACCGUUUCAAACAAUUUUCUGCAACCCCAACCAUUUUUUAA